UUAUUUUUAAUCCCUUUUUUUGUUUCCAAAGUUGAAGACAACAGAAAUGGAAGAAUAAGACAUUGCAACUUGAAAACUCAGGUAGUUACUUAUCGGUGGUUGCUGCCAUGUCUGUUGAGCUCAAACUCUCUCGCUCCAAUCGUAUCUAUCGCCCUUCGGAAGCUCUGGAAGGCAAAAUCAUCAUCAAAACUCAGUCUUCAAUUUCCCACUAUGGAAUUCGCCUCACUCUCAAAGGUUCCGUCAACUUGCAGGUUCGUGGAGGAUCAGCUGGAGUUGUUGAGUCAUUCUAUGGUGUUAUUAAGCCCAUCCCAAUUGUGAAUAGGACCGUUGAGGUUAAAUCUUCCGGAAAAAUUGGUUCAGGUACAACAGAGAUACCAUUUUCAAUGAAUCUUAAACAGCGGGAUGAGAAUUUAGAAAGAUUUUAUGAGACUUUCCAUGGGUCAGACAUUAAUAUCCAGUAUUUGUUGACUGCAGAUAUAUCUCGUGGAUACUUGCAUAAAUCAUUAUCAGCAACGACGGAGUUCAUUAUGGAAAGUGAUAAAGCUGAUCUUCUACAAAGACCAGUUUCUCCAGAGACAGUCAUCUUUUACAUUACCCAGGACACUCAGAGACAUCCUCUACUUCCUGAAAUAAAAUCUGGUGGAUUCCGGGUGACAGGAAAAAUAUGUACUCAGUGUUCUUUGUCUAGUCCUAUUAAUGGUGAGCUAACGGUAGAAGCAUCUGCAGUUCCAAUUCAGUCAAUUGAACUUCAGUUGUUUCGUGUUGAGUCCGUUCUUUUUGGGGAGAAAAUUGUUAAUGAGACCUCUCUGAUUCAAACAACCCAGGCAACAGAUGGAGAUGUUUGCCGUAAUUUGACUCUGCCUAUCUAUGUAAUACUUCCCCGCCUUUUGACCUGUCCAACAAUCUAUGCCGGUCCCUUCUCAAUUGAGUUCAAAGUUGCCAUUGUUAUAAGCUUUCAGUCAGAGCUAGCAAAAUUGCCCAGAAAGUCUGACUCCAGAACUCCCAGACUCUGGGUAGGUGCAGCUGGCAAUGGAAACAUUACCGCUUGAGUUAGUUCGGUCAAAGUAAGAUGAUGUAUGGUUUUGUCAAAAUAUGACUUGACUUCAAGAGGAGGAUAACUAUGGCUUUACCCAUGCAACAUUUAGGAUAGGUUUUGAGUAUAUUGGCUAUUUGGUUUUUCAUUUCCAUCAACAUUGGAAACAUUCUGUGUCUAUAUUCAUGCAACAUUUCAGAUAUUAAUAUUAUAGAGCAUUUUCCCGUUCA